UGCAACACUAACGAUACAGUUCCGGUUCCACCUCGCAACAGCACUUUAGCUACAACGACGGCGGGAAGUUGUUAUCACCAAUUUAACCACAAGCCAGCUGCAACUAAAAGGACGAAAUUGUUAACGAUUGACAUUUCACUAUUUAAUAUUGAUGGAUCUGUAAUCGGAAAUACGCUAACUGUAAAUUAAACUUAGCGGCGUGGGAUUCAGCUAACAUGGCUAAUGUCGGAAACCAGCUACCAACACAGGCCGUUAGCAAAACUGCCCCAGGAAAACAUGGAAAUGUAUUGCCCCUGUGGGGCAACGAAAAGACUAUGAACCUCAACCCAAUGAUUCUUACAAAUGUGUUGUCUUCGCCAUAUUUCAAAGUUCAGCUCUACGAACUAAAGACGUACCAUGAAGUUGUGGACGAAAUCUACUUCAAGGUAACUCACGCUGAGCCCUGGGAGAAGGGAAGCAGAAAGACUGCAGGCCAGACUGGAAUGUGCGGAGGGGUGCGUGGAGUUGGGACUGGUGGUAUUGUGUCGACUGCUUUCUGUCUCCUAUACAAACUGUUUACACUCAAGUUGACUCGCAAACAGCUGAUGGGUUUGAUCACUCACACAGACUCCCCAUACAUCAGAGCCCUUGGCUUCAUGUACAUAAGAUAUACUCAGCCCCCAGCAGAUUUGAUAGAAUGGUACGACAGCUUCCUGGAUGAUGAGGAGGAGCUUGACGUGAAGGCAGGAGGCGGCUGUGUGAUGACCAUCGGAGAGAUGCUGCGCUCCUUCUUGACCAAACUGGAGUGGUUCUCCACACUGUUCCCCCGUAUCCCAGUGCCUGUGCAGAAAAUGAUUGACCAGCAGAUGAAGGCUAGGCCUCGUAAGGUUGCUCAGAAGGAGACGCAGGAGGACGAAGCCGCCUUCACAGAAUCAGGGAAGCAAGGGGAACGACGCCGCUCCAGGACGCCCAGACGGACACCAAGCCCCAGAAGGUCACCCAAACGGUCAAGGAGCAGGAGCCACCACCGCGAGAAAGAACGCCACGGCCCCAGCUUUGACCGAGAACUGGAGAGGGAGCGUGACCGCCAGAGGAAGGAGAGGGAGGGAAGGGAUAGGGAUAGAGGGGACCGGGGGGAAAGGGAGCGACGGCGGUCUCGCAGCGCAGACAGGAACCAAGACCGACGAGAACGCAGAAGAAGCCGCAGUGGCAGCCGGGACCGCAGGAGCGAACGUAGAGACAAAGAAAGAGACGGCGGGGAUGACAAGAGCAGGAGGAAGGACAGGGAACACCAUAAAGAUAGAGGCGUGGAGAGGGAGAAGUCCAGGGAUAAGAAGAACAGGGGAGAGACCGAUGACAGGAGGCAUAAAGACGACAGGGAGAGGCACAGAGAAGAGAGGAAGGCCAAAAGGUCGAGCCGGAGUCGAAGCAGGGAGAAGAGACACAAAAGUGGUGGAGAGGAGAAGAGCAGGAAGAGAGAGCUUAGCCACAGCAGAGAUAAAGACAGGGAGAGAGACGGAGCACAGCGUCCUCACAAACGUAGUCGUAGCAAAGAGAGGAGCCAUCAUCCCCGAGAGUCCAGUAAUGACCAUAGUAAACAUAGUGAACGCAGACGGAGUCAGAGCACUGAGUAAAUGUCGCCGCGCAGCAAUAUUACUUCUUCUACUCCUGUGUUUGUUUUCCUCCUUUCUUUCUGCCCAGUUAUCUGAUUUGCCACUUGUGCUAAAGAAGAUGGAAUGUCAGUAUGUCGGACAUCUGGAGUUGUUGUCUUUGGCCAAUGUAAUGUUGCUUUACGUAUUGUUUUUCUGCCUUUUUCACUCCUUGUUAGACCAUUGUUAGUCUUCACUUGAAUAUGAAAAGUGGCAUUUUAAUUUUGUAUGGUUCCUUCUUUUGCCCCAAGAAGAUGUGGGUUUGUACAUAAUGUUUCAGAGGCUGUCUACACACGAUAAAUGGUCAGAGUUGCGUUCCUUGCUUGGUUGGAUGUUGCCAUGGUCGUGUAAUUUAUAAAGAAUAACCGUUAUUUUCUGGCUAUAGAAAAGCCUAAACAAGUCUGAAUUGGACUAAUAUUACAGUGCGUAUGUCUGGAAUGUCUUUAUAUUUAAACUUCUUGGUCAACUGUAUUCUGAUUAAACAUGCUUUGAAAAGGGUUACAAGUGAACAGGUUUAAGUUUUUUUUUUUUUUUUUUUUUUUUCUAAUUUCAGUAUAGCGACGAUAUGGAUAACUAAUUGCUCACAUUGGCACAAAGCAAUUCUGCCCAUGAUCGCGUGUAGACAGCCAGAGAAUGUUUUAAUCCUCUAAAGGGCAGUCUGCAAAGUGUAAUUUUUAUCACACACACUGAGCCCUGCUUAUGCUGUGUCUGGAUUACUGCUCUGAUGCAUUUUGUUUUCUAAUAAAACACUUUUACAAACAACA